AUGCCUGUCACAUCUAAUACCCCGUCGAGUUCCUCAGCCAACGACUCGUUGCCCGCCGCCUCCAAAGCUAACCCUUCGGCCCUGCCACCGCUCACCACCUCCGCCACCACGCCUUCAGCACGCCGCUCAACCCUCUCCCGCCCAAUGUCGCACGUCUCGAGGAAUCGCCUCUCUCAGUACUCGACGGGCUCUGUCCCAUCCAAGUCGAGGCCCGAGUCGAAUGCGUUUCCGCUCUUCCCCUCUACUCUGUCUUACACCCUCGUGCGCGAUUUCGCAUACCCAUACACGAACCCACUGCAUUAUGGUCCACCUCCAGAACCAUCUGGGCCGCCAUCAGGAUGGACUACUCCCGCAAGUGAGAGCCGCCGACUGUCGGAUCCUCCUGUUGCCUGGGAGCAGCGAUUCCCGCCGUCUUUUUGGGGCCCCGACAGACUCUCACGCGCCCACGAUAUCCCCCCAAUUCAUUGCGGUGACGGCGGACCUCCAUAUAGCGAAGACGAAGACUUGCAGAGCCCUGUAGUCGCCACUCGCCACCGCAAGCACAGGUCUACCACAUCAGCCGCCGGCGCACAUCGCAGCCAGAUCCUGAAUCCCUCAAACUACGACACCGAGAGGGGGUACUAUGUUGGGACCGCUGGUGAUGGCCGCGAAAAAUACUACGUCAACCAAGCCGGAGAGGCAAAUGGCCCUGGAGGCGAAUUUGUCACUUAUCCUCCCGAUCAAUCACGACACAGUCGUGCCUAUCACUACGACCAGACUGGCCACUGCCAUGAUGAGUAUGCUGCGUCUGAGCACGCAAGCUCCCCCGCAUCUUCCGGCUUUCAGGAUACGGAUCAAUCUCGCUAUUCACGAGAUUACCAAUUCACCAUUACCUCGCCUGAUGAGGAAUUUCACGGAAAGGCUGUCGCUCUUUUCGAUUUUGAGCGCGAAAACGAAAAUGAACUUCCUCUUGUGGAAGGUCAGAUUAUUUGGGUCUCAUACCGACAUGGUCAAGGUUGGCUGGUGGCUGAAGAUCCCAAGACGCAGGAGAGCGGCCUGGUGCCCGAAGAGUAUGUGCGGCUUUUGCGUGAUAUUGAAGGAGGAAUGAAUAGCCUGACGGGCAACCUCAACGAUACCAUUGGCUCUGGAAACGAUGUCAGCACCCCGACACAGGCCGACCACUUUACUCAAAGUCAGCUCAUAGGCCCGGGCAGCAGCAACAACACAAAUGGCUACCACCAGCCUGUUGUUUCUAUGUUCUCUACUUCGAGCAAAGAUCUCAACCCUUACCCAACGGAACAGCUGGGCAUUCAAGCUGGCCAAGCCCCGCCACAAGUAGUGCACUAUCAUGGUCAACGCGGUGGCAGCCAGACUAGCACUCCCACAAUCAACCAAUCGCAGGAUACGCCCACGCUGCCCAAGGAGAGUGAGACUGAAGUCCCGAAAGAAGGCCACCAAUCCUCGCGCCAGGCAGCACGAGACUCUAAAGCUGUUGCCACAUCCAAGGAGGAAGAUAACAUUCGUUCCCAGCAUCGAUGA